AUGACGAGCCCUCCUGUUUAUUCGCCUUCGACGGACCUGGGUCGGGAGAUGGAGGUUGGUGGCCAGGACCCAUAUCAGGAUAUCGACGAGGAAAAGCAGGAUGAAAAGGUGCAGAGCUCGUCCAGCGAUGUCUUUGGUGACGAGGAACACGCCGAGGUCAAGUACAAGGUUUUGAGCUGGUGGCAGUGCGGAUUCUUGAUGGUAGCAGAAACCGUUUCCAUCGGCAUUCUCUCCUUGCCCGCGGUCGUUGCUGAACUCGGGCUUGUUCCGGCUAUUGUCCUUCUUAUUGGCUUGGGGCUUAUGGCCACCUAUACAGGAUAUACCAUUGGACAGUUUCGAUGGCGGUACCCUCAUAUCCAGAACAUGGCCGACGCGGGGGAGGUUCUGAUGGGCCGGUUCGGGCGAGAACUGUUCGGAAUUGGACAGCUGCUUCUGGUCGUCUUCAUUAUGGCUAGCCAUCUCUUGACGUUUACAGUCGCGAUGAACACGAUCACGGACCAUGGAACAUGUUCCAUCGUGUUUGGGGUGGUGGGAAUGGUGAUCUCCUAUAUUCUCUGCAUUCCGCGCACCUCGGCCAAUGUGUCGUAUCUAUCCAUUGCUUGUGCGAUCACAACAUCCAGCUUAUCUGUCUCCGUGCUGACCAAGUCCACAGCUUUCCUGAGUGUUUUUUCUACCGUCCUGAUUGUCAUGAUCGCCGUCGGGGUGUCCCAUCCCUGGCAGGGUAGCCUGCAAGCGACAGUCGACACAAGCCUGUAUAAAGCUUUCCUUGCAGUGUGCAACAUUGUCUUCUCCUUUUGUGGCCAUGUGGCCUUUUUCGGAUUCAUCGCCGAGCUGAAAGACCCGUAUGAGUACCCCAAGUCGCUACUCCUCCUCCAAGGCACAGACGUCACUCUCUACACCGUGACGGCGGUCGUCAUCUAUUGCUUUGCCGGCCAGGAUGUCACAUCUCCCGCCCUGGGAUCAGCCAGCCCUGUGGUUGCCAAAGUUGCAUACGGCAUUGCGCUUCCGACGAUUCUCAUCGGCGGCGUCGUGAACGGCCAUGUCGCUGCCAAAUAUGUCUACGUGCGGAUCUUCCGCCACGGCGACCGCAUGCACAAGAAGGAUCUCGUCGCCACGGGGUCGUGGCUUUUGAUCGGGCUUGUUCUGUGGGUGGCUGCGUGGGUCAUUGCCGAGGCCAUUCCGGUCUUCAACAACCUGUUGAGUUUAAUUGCGUCUCUGUUUGCCAGCUGGUUUACCUGUAUUUUUCCUCCACUCCACCUUUCCUGGUCCAUCGCUAACUCGUGUAUUUGUGGACUGGGGCUGUACGUGUCAGGCAAGGCGCUUCAUGAUAACCCCAGUAGCGCCAGCUUCUCCUGCGCAAAUAAUGCUUGA